AUGGGCCCCUACCUUCCAGCGAUUUUGAGACCGAUUGGCAGAUACGCCACCCUCUACAACGUGCCGCGCGUGGCAGGCCAGCUGCGCUGCUACGCCGCAGACGCCAAAGACGCCGCAGACGCGCAGGGCGAGUCUGCGGCCGACCCACGUGUCGCGGAGCUGGAGAAGCAGCUUGCCGACAAGUCCAAGGAGGCCGCGGACCUCAAGGACCGCCUGCUGCGCUCCGUCGCGGACUUCCGCAACCUGCAGGAGGUGACGCGCCGCGACGUGCAGAAGGCACGUGACUUCGCGCUCCAGCGCUUUUCCAAGGACCUGCUCGAGUCGCUUGACAACUUCGGCCACGCGCUCGGCGCCGUCUCGCCCGAGGCGCUCCAGCGCUCGCCCGAGAUUGCAGACCUGCAUGCCGGCGUCCGCCUCACCCGCGACGUCUUCGAAAAGACCCUGCUCAAGCACGGCAUCGCCCCCAUCGACGCGCUCGGCCAGCCCUUCGACCCCAACCUCCACGAGGCUACCUUCGAGCUGCCCCAGCCCGACAAGACCCCGGGUACUGUCUUCCACGUGCAGCAGCCCGGCUACACCCUCAACGGCCGCGUCAUCCGCCCCGCCAAGGUCGGCGUCGUCAAGGACCCCGACGCCUGA